GAGGUUAAAUACGAAAACCAUCUGUCGAUUAAUGCAGCCAUGCACGCAGGUGAUAAUCAUCAUUUGGUGAAGAUCUAUCUAUAUUUGAUGGCAUCGAUUUCUAGAUCUCGUGCGAAACAAAAAGCUUUUGGGAUUUAACCAGUUAACCUUUUCCUACACAUUGGUGCUAAAUUCAUUUCACAUGUUUUUCUAGACUUUUAUACCAGGUGAGUACAUUAGUUCCUUAUUCAUAUGAACUGUGUGUGCUAAAUGGAAGAGAAUACGAUAACCACUAGAUUGUUGGAGUAGUUCAAGGAUGAAGAUGACUUAUGAAAAGGUAGAUGCAGAGUGUGAAGACGGGCCAAUGUCUGGUGGGAAUCUGAAUUCCCUUUGGUACGGACAUAGGUGGGCAGAAGGCCCCUGUGGUUUGGGUUUGCAGGUCUCUCAAUGUAGAGAUAACUUUACAUCUAGCUCUGCUUUCCGUACUGAUCUUGAUUACAGGUCUCUAGAGAACCCAAUUCAUAGUUUUGUAAGUACAAACCCAGUUGAUUUCCAAGGAAAAUGUAGAUUUAAACUGGCGAGUCAGUUUAGGGAAGGCGUAAAUAUGGGCGAUCAUAUGCCGCCAUUUCGUGCAGACCAAUGUGAGAUUUUGCAUUGUUCACAGAUUCCCUUGACUGAUAGAGGAGAGGAGCAUUUCAAUUAUACAUUAAACUCACCUGGAAUACCAUUUCCUUCUACUAAGUGUGUGUUGAAGGAUAAAGGAAGAGCUAAUAUGCUUACUUCCAGGAUGAAGGAACCACUAACGAGUCCACAGUCAAGAACAAACCUAUCCAUGCAUGAAUUCAGGUUCCAAACUAUUAUGGAUGAGCCGCGGAAAAGGAAAUAUACGGACAGCAGCAGUCUUUUGGUUGAUAAGUGCACGAUGACAUUGAAUGGUUUUUGCAGUGAUUAUGAUGGUCGAUGUAGAGAAACAAGAAGAGCACGAGAGGUUGAUUAUGAAAAUGCGAACUUGGAAUCUACAAUCCAUUACCAGGGGAGCCCCUCUGAGGGGACGAGUGUACAGUUAUGUUCUGGGUUUGAUGAUCGGUAUGAUAACAUGCAUCGCCAGUUGUCUGAACCAUGGGUGUCUGCAAGAUGUACGGGAAUAAUGAAUGGCACUUUGUCUGAUCGCAUGACUGAUAAUGGAUGGAGAGACCGACGAAUAGCUGAUAAAUUUGAGAGUAAAUAUUUAGAUCCAGAAUUUCCAGGAUACUCAAAUACCAGGCGGUUCUAUGGUGAUAAUUCACAAGAAGUUUUUGCCUCAAGGCUACUAACACGUGGUGAGUCUGAGCUCUUGGACAUUAGAGAUGCAGAAACAUGCAGGUCCUUGUUUAGGAAUGAUAGGGCUGAUGGAUGUGGGGACCCAUUAGGUCGCACUGUUAAUAGCUGUUUCACCAGGUUUCAUGAAAAGGAGAUGGAUGAUAAUCAAUGGAGAAUUGAUAGAAAGUACAAUAACUUCUCCAGUGUAGAAGAAUUUUGCAAAAAAAGAACUUUCACCAAUGAUAGCUUGCACAAAGUCACUGAUGAGAAUUCUGAGUAUAUACAUGAACACCCAUCUGAAACAUGGGUGGCUAGGACCAGUGCUGGCCUAAGCAAAAGACCGGGCACCGGCAGUGACUAUACUUCAAGCAUCUGGGGAAAAGAGAUGAAGGCUAAUAGCUGUAGAGAGAAAAGAAGAUUCAGUUCUACUUAUGAAACAUAUCCAGAUGCAGAAUCUUCAAGAACUCUGCAGAUAAAACAUAGAGAUGAUUUUAGUUUGCACAGAGUUGCCACCGCGGGUCCACCAGCUGAUCAUCUAACUGACUGUAUGCCUGGACAUCAGUCUGAAAGAUCCGUAUUUUCUAACAGAGUGCACAGUCCAAGUAGGCACAAUGUGCACUAUGACAGAGAUUCUGUGGAGAAAUUUGAGAAAGAAAAAGAUUGCCAGGAUGAUAAUGGAUGGAGCAGUAUUCAAAAGCCAUGCAAUGGACAAUUAAAAAACCAUAGUGUUCUGCUUAGUCAUAAUGAGUCUAAUCAGCAGUCUGAAUUGAAUGAGAAUUCAGAGGAAUUCAAGCAACGUGUUCAUAUUGCACAUCUUCGAUUUUCAAAAAUGCUUAGUGAGAAUUCAAAUCAGAAGAAACAGUUACAGGGGCAGAGUGAAUCUGGUUCUUUAGUUUGUAUUGUGUGUGGCAGGAACUCUAAAAAGUUUGUAGAUGCUCACAACCUUGCCUUGCAUGCCUAUGAUUCUCAAAAGACUAACCUGCUGGCAGAACACAGGGGACUGUAUAAAGCUUUGUGUGUUUUUCUGGGAUGGAAUCAAAAUAUGCCACCUGACAAUUCAAGGUCCUAUCAGUCAUUGAGUUUGGCUGAAGCAAGAGCGAAUAAGGAGAACCUUAUCUUAUGGCCUCCAUUGGUUAUAGUUCAAAAUGCACGUGUGGGACUGGAUAAAGAUGGACAGUGGGAGGGAAUUGGAAAUCCAGAAAUGGAUGAACUUCUUAAAGAACUUGGAUUUGGCAGUGGGAAGUCAAAAGCACUGUAUGGGAAAGAAGGUCACAAAGGGGUAGUACUUGUUAAAUUUUCAUCCUCUUUUAUAGGCUUACAAGAGGCUGAACGGUUGCACAAAUAUUUUCAAGGCUAUUGUCGUGGGCGGAAAGAUUGGUUACGUUUGCAGUCCUCCUGUACGGGAAAAUCAGAUGAUGAUGAGGAUCCAGAUCUUGUACGGGCUGAUAAAGAAACAAAUAGAAAAAGGAGAGUUUUAUAUGGCUACAUAGGAAUUGCAGAGGACCUGGAGAUACUAGACAUUGACACUAGAAGAAAGGUCUCAGUUAAAAGCAGAGAGGAUAUGGGAAAAUAUAUGUAGGCCGAUAGAACUCUUAUAAGUUCAUCUGCUUGUUUUUAAAUGUAAAUAUAAUGUAUCCAAAUGGAAUGUUCAUCUGUAUGUUUCUGAACAGUGAAUAAUCAAACAUGAUCUUGUUGUUUAUAGAUGGAACACGGUUAAGUUGUCUAACUAUGAGCUUGCUUUCUAACCAGCUUGUUCAGUUAUGAUUCUCUUUCA